ACUCCGCGAUCUCUCUCCUAGCCAAACCUGAUGCGCUGAGUUCAGUUGAGAACCUUACUCCUCAAUUGACUGGUGUUCUUCCAUCCUGAUAUACUGAAAGUGCCAGCUUUAUAUGGAGUCGUUUUUCGUGGUAGCUGUAGAAGUCGUAACUAUAUCUUCGCAUAGCAUCGGGAAGAUAUAAUGAUAUUAACUUCAUGAUGAAGAAAGAAUCCGGGGGCUUAUGAUUGGCAUUUUAGGCUUAAUUGCCAUUAUCGUGAUGGGUGUGUUGUUUUGUCUCGGUGGGGGUGGUGGACUCAUCAACACCAGCACGCCUUUUACUUGACUACCUUUCACUUCACAUCUCCCAUUGUAUCAACCACAAUUGGAUGGAACCGGCCAGAUUUCAUCGUUUAGAUGGAGAAUACUUAGUCUUGGCGAGGGAGUCAUUGAUGUCUUCGUUUUACUGUGAUAGUACUGACCAUUUCACUAUCGCCAUGACUUCUCCACCAAAGUUAUCGAUGACUCCCCAAGCCAUUUUCCCGGAAUUUCUCCACUGACUAGUAUAAUAAACUUCAUUCUUCUUCUAUUUAUCGUUUUCACUGUUUAUAUCAUAUCAAAAUACUUCAAUUUUCAUCUCUACAACUUGUCAAUAUGGGAGAACCGGAGACCAAGCUCGGGGAAGCUUCCCUCAAUGACUCAACAACAUAUCAAGCCACUCCUUUUGGCAAAGAGAUGGCCAAGCAUUUUUAUUUUGAACCAGGAUGGAGAAAUUUAAAUCACGGUAUUUACUCACUAUUCCAACUUCAAUUUCCCAGCUCACGAUGUCCAGGUUCUUUUGGUACUAUUCCUCGUGCCAUUCGUGAGAAGCAAAGAAAAUAUCAGGAUGAUUCCGAAGCUCGUCCGGAUGACUUUAUUCGACACACAUAUCCUCGACUACUCGACGAGUCACGAGAAGCUUUAGGAAAACUUCUCAAUGUUCCUACUGAUACUGUUGUCUUUGUUCCAAAUGCUACAACUGGUGUUAAUACUGUUUUGAGAAAUUUGGUUUGGAAUGAGGAUGGGAAGGAUGAGAUUCUUUACUUUUCUACUAUAUAUGGUGCUUGUGGUCUGACGGUAUGAACCUUCCAGAAUUUCGAUAUGUCUUCAUCAACUUUAUUGUCGGAUCGUUCCUAAUGCAAAUUUCAUGCUAAUAUAGCUCCCAGAUCAAAUAUGUUUCAGAAGCCAAUCGUGGUCUUGUCCAGCCAAGAGAGAUAACCUUCCAAUAUCCCAUUGAAGACGAUGAACUUGUUGGACUAUUCGAAAAAGCCAUUGAAACUUCAAGAGCAGAGGGCAAACGUCCUCGAGCUGCUGUAUUUGACAUCGUAGGAUCACUUCCUGGAAUAAGAGUUCCUUACGAAAAAUACAUCACCAUCUGCAAGAAUGAAAAAAUGUACUCCAUCGUCGAUGGAGCCCAUGGAAUCGGUCACGUGCCUCUCGACUUAUCAAGCCUCGAUCCCGACUUCUUCGUCAGCAAUUGUCACAAGUGGCUCUUCGUCCCAAGAGGUAGUGCAGUAUUUUAUGUACCAGAACGAAAUCAAGAUUUGAUGAGAACAACUUUGCCUACCUCACAUGGUUUCGUUCCUAUUGGACCUAGACCAUUUAAUCCAUUACCACCAAACAGCAAGAGCGUAUUUGUUAAUCAAUUCGAAUUUGUUGGCACGAUUGAUAAUACCAAUUAUCUAUGUACCGCCGAAGCAAUCAAGUGGCGAAAAGAAGUCUGUGGUGGUGAGAAAGCCAUAAUGGAUUAUUGCAGCACUUUAUCACGGGAAGGUGGUAAAACUAUUGCCAAGAUCCUGGGUACUCAAGUUAUGGACAACAGUACACAUACUUUGACAGAUUGUGGUCUUGUUAAUGUGUUACUACCAUUGGAAAUCGGAACCACUGAAAUCGAUGGAUUUUUCAAGGUCAAUGAGGAUACGAAAAUGGAAGCUUAUCAAUGGAUGCUGAAGACAUUGAUGAAAGACUAUAAAACAUAUAUCUCCAUCGCAUACUUGAACAAUAAAUGGUGGGCUCGACUCAGGUACGUGUCAUGCACUUUCUUUAUGAUUCAUAAUUCUAUCUUAUUUCACAUCUUAUAUCUAUCCGAUUAUUAUUUUUAAAUCCUCGUCUUUGCAAACUAACCAUCCGAUUUCCUCCUUGCAGUGGCCAAGUGUAUCUCGAAAUGAGCGAUUUUGAGUGGGCAGGCCACACACUCAAAGAACUGUGCGCAAGAGUUGGGAGAGGAGAAUAUCUGAAGGGAGGAACGUAAGCGGAAUACAUCAAAAUUUCGAGAGAAGUUUGAAAAACAAAAGGAGGUUGGAUGAUGAAACACUUCCAAUGUUGAGGGUAUUUUUUUGUGCGUGCUCGGACUCUCUGAAGAUGGACCCUGGAUGCAUCGAUUCCUGGCCGCAAAAAAAAUUAUUUACGAAUGAUUGAGUAGGAACUCGUGGAGACGAUCGCAAUAUUCUUGGAUUAAUUCUAAGAUCUUACAACAAUCUAUCAGCCAUCUUACAUCCCUCACAUUCCUCUUUCUAUAUGAUCAGAACCCAUUCUUCCAUGUCCUACUUUUAAUUCAUUCCCAGAUUUGCGGAUCUCCUCUUCUAUCAUCAACAGACAUAU